AUGGUCAAUGGAACGGUAAGAUAGAUUGGAACUCUUAGAAUUUUUCAUUUGGAAAUUGACUAGAUUAUUUUCCGAUUAGAAAUUCUAGUGGCUUUGAAGAAUUAGAGAAUAGUAGUCUCAAAAAAUCAGAAAAAAAAGUCGAAAAAUCAGCCUCACCACACAAAAAAAUGAUGGAAUUUUUGGGUCUACAGUAAAAAUUUCCAGAUUUUUUUCAGUUUUGCAGAAAAUUCUGAUACAAAAAAUGUGCUUUUCGAGAUUUAAUUAAGUUUUUUUUAAUCCAAUUCUGAUUGCUAUUGAAGCACACAAAUUAGGCUUUUCAAAGCGGUUAUCAGAACUUUUCAGAUGAAUCAUUUUUUCGAUUAAAUCUCUAAUUUUGUCCAUUCGAAAUCGACAGUUUUCUAUACCGAAUGACCUGAAAAUCAGAUUUUUUGAGUAGUUGUGAAAAAAAAGUCUUGUGAUCUCUACCCAUUUCAUGAACAGAAAAAAGUUCAAUGUUCAGAAAUACGUUCACAAAAAGAGUAUUCCUAUCGGGCCACCGCCUUUCUGCUUCCAGUAUACCCGUGAGAAUGGAAGUGAGUGUUCAUAAUUAUUCCAAUAAAAUUAAAAACUUGCUUAUAAAUAUUUUUUUAACUGCUAUACCUACUACCGAAGAAAUUCAAGAAGUGAUUUAUGAAAAAAAGUUGAGGAAAUAUUUUUUUUUUUUUGUAAAUUUUUUUCAAGUUACUUUUUACUUGCUAGCUUAAAUAUCGGAAUGGUCUUUGUAAAGGCUGGAAAAAAAUCCUAAAAAGGUUUUUUUAAGCCUAUGAGGAAAAAUUUUCCAGAUUGUUCGGGCUACCAGGUCAUCUGUGGAGACAGCUUCAGCACUGCUGUGACGGUAAAUUCUUAUUUAAAAAAAAAUCAUCAAAAGAAUUUUUUUAAACUUAUUCGGCCUCUAGAUAUUACCGUCAUCUCUUACAACUGCCUAGAAAUCGGCCCAAGCCCUUUUUUCUCAAAAUUUUACUGAUCUUCAAUUUAUAUGACAAGCUGGAGCUUGAAAACUUGUGAAAAGUUGCCUAGGGAACUUCAUAAAAAGACUCAAGCUUCCGAAAGUAGGCACUAUAGAGGUUUUAGUUAGUGGUCACUCUGGGAUAUCAUGCUAUCCCUACAUGUAUUUUCAACCUUUGAAACCCCUUUAGAGACGACUUGAGCUUUAGGGGCUAGACUACAAACUCCUAUAAAGACCACCCCACCUAAAUUUAAGCCCUCCUCCAAAGGCACUACAUUGUCCAGUGGAGAGACCUUUUUCCCUUGACCCCUAUAAAGACCACUCUGAAAUUCAUGAGUCUCUAACAUUACUUUCGUUCGAUUUCAUGAAGAAGCUUGUUACUAGGAAAUUUUCGCUUUUUGAAAAAUGGAGAAUAAUUGUGAAUUAAAUUUAUACGUCUCCUUGUUUCAGUUGGUUACAAAUGAACAAUUUGAUCUUUCAGGGCGAAAUGUUCUACUUCCCGAACAACUGCGCCAGCGACGCCGGUCUCAGCAAGUUCGCCAAAACCGAAUUCGCACAACGCUACGAAGCUUAUAAGCUCGAACAUGGCAGCAAAUAG